GUACCUACCAGAAAAUUUGAAGAGAGAGAACAUAAAGCUUAUACACCCCCACAGAGUCUCGUACAGGCAAGAAAAACCUACAAUGGCAUCAUCAACAAGAAACCCUCUACUCUCUUCAGACUUGUUUGGUUCCAAAGUCUUGCUUUCUCCUCCAACUCCUAAAACAACUAAAUCCUCCUUCCUUUUGUCCAAGAAUCUCCUAAAAAUAGUAAAUAAAAAGAAAUCUGGUUCUUUUAAAUCCCUUCAAUCACAAGCAACCAUAGCUGCUGCCUUACUCUUCUCUUCUUUAACCCCUCAAGCCCUAGCCAUUGACAACCCAGCACCACCACCUACUCCUCCUCCGGUUAUUGAAGCCCUUCCCACCAAACCAUCUUCUCCUUUCGCUCAAAAUCUUCUCGUUACAGCCCCUAAACCCCAGUCUGAGUCAACCUCUGACCUUCCUGAAGGUAGUCAAUGGCGAUACAGCGAAUUUCUAAAUGCAGUCAAGAAAGGGAAAGUGGAAAGAGUUCGUUUCAGCAAAGAUGGUUCUACCCUCCAACUCAGCGCCGUAGAUGGCCGUCGUGCCAGCGUUGUUGUCCUUAAUGACCCUGACUUGAUUGACAUUUUAGCAAGGAGCGGUGUUGAUAUUUCGGUUUCCGAGGGAGACUCAGGGAAUGGGUUUUUUAAUGUUAUUGGAAGUCUUUUUUUUCCGAUUCUUGCUGUUGCUGGAUUAUUUCUCUUGUUCCGACGGGUUCAAGGUGGGCCGGGUGGGCCCGGUGGGUUAGGUGGACCGAUGGAUUUUGGCAGGUCGAAAUCGAAGUUUCAGGAAGUGCCGGAAACCGGUGUGUCGUUUGCUGAUGUGGCCGGAGCUGAUCAAGCUAAAUUGGAGUUACAAGAGGUUGUUGAUUUCUUGAAAAAUCCUGAUAAGUAUACAGCUUUAGGAGCUAAAAUUCCUAAAGGAUGUUUGCUAGUUGGGUCGCCAGGGACUGGAAAGACAUUGUUGGCUAGAGCUGUGGCAGGAGAGGCAGGGGUGCCGUUCUUUUCAUGCGCAGCCUCGGAGUUUGUUGAGAUGUUUGUUGGAGUUGGAGCGUCGAGAGUGAGAGAUUUGUUUGAGAAAGCCAAGUCGAAAGCACCCUGCAUUGUGUUUAUUGAUGAGAUUGAUGCAGUUGGGAGGCAGAGAGGGGCUGGACUUGGAGGUGGGAAUGACGAGAGAGAGCAGACUAUUAAUCAGUUGUUGACCGAAAUGGAUGGAUUUUCAGGCAAUUCAGGUGUUAUUGUAUUGGCUGCUACGAAUAGACCUGAUGUUCUUGAUUCAGCUUUGUUGCGACCGGGAAGGUUUGAUAGACAGGUUACAGUCGAUAGGCCUGAUAUUGCUGGUAGAGUCAAGAUUCUUCAGGUGCAUUCUAGAGGAAAGGCACUUGCAAAGGAUGUGGACUUUGAAAAGAUUGCACGGAGGACCCCAGGAUUUACUGGAGCUGAUUUGCAGAACCUGAUGAAUGAAGCAGCCAUUGUUGCAGCUAGGCGUGACCUUAAGGAAAUAAGCAAGGAUGAGAUUUCUGAUGCUCUGGAGAGGAUAAUUGCAGGACCGGAAAAGAAAAAUGCUGUUGUCUCGGAUGAAAAGAAAAGGCUAGUUGCCUAUCACGAGGCUGGGCAUGCCUUGGUUGGUGCACUUAUGCCUGAGUAUGAUCCUGUAGCCAAGAUAUCCAUCAUUCCCCGUGGUCAAGCUGGUGGUCUAACAUUUUUUGCUCCAAGUGAGGAAAGGCUCGAGUCUGGAUUGUACAGUAGAAGCUACCUGGAGAAUCAGAUGGCUGUUGCACUUGGUGGAAGGGUUGCCGAGGAAGUAAUAUUUGGUCAGGACAAUGUCACUACAGGAGCAUCCAGUGAUUUCAUGCAAGUUUCACGUGUGGCUAGGCAGAUGGUAGAGAGAUUUGGGUUCAGCAAAAAGAUUGGACAGGUUGCCAUCGGCGGAUCUGGUGGAAAUCCUUUCUUGGGACAACAGAUGUCAUCCCAGAAAGACUACUCCAUGGCGACUGCUGAUGUGGUGGAUACAGAAGUAAGAGAGUUAGUGGAGACGGCUUAUUCAAGAGCCAAGCAAAUCAUGACAACUCACAUUGACAUCCUCCACAAGCUCGCGCAACUCCUCAUAGAAAAAGAAACUGUCGACGGAGAAGAGUUCAUGAGUCUCUUCAUUGAUGGAAAAGCUGAACUAUAUAUUGCCUGAUUGCAAUUCUGAGUACCAAACCAUGUUGUAUUGUAUAAGUUUAAAACACAUACAGGAAGAUCAAUAUUUUUGUUCUGUGAAUUUUGGAAUAACAAGGCUAAGAACUUGUAGAGUCAA